AUGUCGGCUCCACAGCGAGUGGAUUCCGCUGACCGAGAAUUACGGUCAGUUCUCUGUCCCGCCGGUAACAAGCUACAGAGGAAACCGGUGAAGAAGCAUCUCUCUGAUGACACGAAAGGUGUAGCCUUUACGGCGACGCAAUGCUCGAUUCUGAGGCGAAACGGUGUCUCCAUGAACGCAUCGUAUUCCUCUGAGGCGUCUUCUUCGUGCGAGUCGUCGCCGUUGAGUAUUGCGUCUUCUUCUAGCGGGAAGAGGGCUUUGCGGCGUAACGGGUCAAACUCUUCAUCUUCGCUGAGAAGGAACCAGGCGGAGGAGAGAGAUGAAAAGUCUGGUGAUUGCUUCUCUGAUGGCCGUAGAAGAUGUGCUUGGAUCACUCCCAAAUCUGACGAAUGUUACAUUGCUUUCCACGAUGAAGAGUGGGGAGUUCCUGUCCAUGAUGACAAGAAACUUUUCGAGUUGUUAAGCCUUUCUGGUGCUCUAGCUGAACUAUCCUGGAAAGACAUCCUUUCCAAAAGACAAUUAUUCAGGGAAGUGUUCAUGGACUUUGAUCCUAUUGCUAUAUCUGAACUAACUAACAAAAAGAUAACAUCCCCUGAGAUUGCUACCACCUCAUUACUAUCAGACCAGAAGCUACGGUCCAUCCUCGAGAACGCAAACCAAGUUCGCAAGAUAAUAGUUGAGUUUGGAUCGUUUGAUAAGUACAUUUGGAACUUCGUUAACCAAAAGCCUACUCAGAGUCAGUUCCGGUACCAACGCCAAGUCCCUGUGAAGACAUCCAAAGCCGAGUUGAUAAGUAAAGACCUUGUCCGCAGAGGCUUUAGAAGUGUUAGUCCAACGGUUAUCUACUCGUUCAUGCAAUCAGCUGGUCUCACUAACGACCAUCUCACUAGCUGCUUCAGACAUCACCACUGCAUAACGAAAGAGGAAGCCUGUAACUAA